AUGUCGUGUAUGAAGACAGAUAAUUUCUUAAAUUCUGGGCAAGCCAAGACAAAGCACAACACGUUCUCUCCAACAGAGUAUAACGAGACUCGGAGUCCAAAAAUGGCUCAAAUUAUUAUGGGUGCUGCAGCCAAGCAUUUGACUCCAGUGACCCUUGAAUUGGGGGCAAAAUGCCGUGCUAUCAUUGAUUCACUCUCAAGUUCUUGGGAUAAAAAGAUUGCAAUGAAAAGAAUUCUUUCUGGAAAAUUUGGGAAUUGUGCUGGCCAAGUAUGUAUUGGGAUUGAUUAUAUCCUCGUCGACAAGACGUUUGUCAAUGAACUUGUAAAGUUGAUUAAACCUUGGAUUCCAAAAAUGCUUGGAGAAAAUCCAAAAGAAUCACAUUCAAUUUCAAGAAUAGUUAAGAAAAAUCAGUUUUUGAGAUUAAAGAAUCUCUUAGAUGAGCCAAUGGUAAAAAAAUCAAUUAUAUACGGAGGAUCAUCUGAUGAAGAUAACCGGUACAUUGAGCCCACAGUAUUACUGGAUCCUCCUUUGCAAUCUACAAUCAUGACUGAUGAAAUUUUUGGCCCAUUGCUCCCUAUCAUAACAUUGGAUAAAAUUGAGGACAGUAUUGAAUUUAUCAAUGCAAUGCCUAAGCCACUUACUAUAUAUUCCUUUAUCAAAAAUGAAGAGUUCGAAAGAAAGAUUACAAAAGGAACCUCUUCAGGAAGUUUGGUGUCUAAUGAUACAAUCAUUCAGUAUGCAGCUGAUACACUUCCAUUUGGAGGAGUAGGACAAAGUGGCUUUGGAAGAUACCAUGGAAAAUUUUCGUUUGAUACAUUUAGCCAUGAAAAAGCAAUAGCAAGAAGGAGCUUUCUUACAGACAUUUGGUUUAGAUAUUCUCCUUGGAGUGAUCAUACACUACAACUCUUUAGAUCUGCUUUUAUAUUUGAUUAUCUUAGUGUAGUUCUUAUUACACUAGGACUAAAAUGGGCUUGAUGUUUACAAAUUAUAUUUGCAAUUAUUUUUAUUUG